UCUCAGUCUCUGGCCGGCUGAUACAAACAGUAACAACUGCAUCCAGCACCAGAGGAGCUUCAGGCUAACCAUCAUCCUCUGCAGCCCAGGGUUAAGACUUACAGACACAGCAGGAUACAGCCUCAAUGAAAACCUAGAGCAAGGAAACGUCUUGGUGACUUCUCCAUUUUAGGGUGGAUCACAUCCUCUAGCAGCAGCGGUGGACUCCCGUCUCCAGACUUCUCAGAAACAAUGUUUCUCUUUGUAGGAACUAAAGUCACAGAGAGAAGGAACGAAUGCAGUUCUAUUUACCAGAGGAUUCGGGACCAUGAGGUGCUGGACAGGAGGAAGACGGUGACGGCUCUGAGGGCAGGCGAGGACAGAGCCAUACUGCUGGGCCUCAGCAUGGUCUUCCUCUCUGUCAUGAUGUACUUCGUCCUCGGCAUCACCAUCCUGCGCUCUUACUCUGACAGUGUGUGGACAGAUGAGGAUUGCUGCACCAUUGUGAACUCCACCAUAGUGUGGGAUGUAAACUGUUCAUACAGCUGUGGAGUAGAGUGCUGGAAGAGUUCCCGUUACCCCUGUCUCCAAGUGUAUGUCAGCCUGAACUCAUCAGGACGGCUGGUCCGAUUGCUGCACAAUGAGGAGACACACGACAGCAAUCCCGAGUGUUUCUACAUUCCAAAGUGUCAUAAAGACUAUGCUGCCACGCAUGCCAUGGUUCAGGACAUUUCUCAGAGACUCAGGACUCAACUCACAGUUCAGUGUUAUGUCGACCCAACAGAGAAGGCAGACAGCGCCAUCAUGACCCAGAUUUAUGGUCGAAUUGCCGUCUUCCACUCUUUAUUCUGGCCAACCUGCUCUUUGAUCGGAGGAACCGUCAUCAUUGCCAUGGUGAAGCUGACCCAGUAUCUCUCCAUCAUGUGCGAGAGACUCAGCCGCAUCAAAAGGUGAAGGGAAACAGACGGAUGGUCAAAGACAAAUUGAGGUUUUUUUUUUUGUUGUCCCCAUAAUAAAAUAAGGGAAGAAGUAAAAGCUGUCUGUGGACUGCUGUUUCAUGAACUAAAGACAUUCAUGUCUCACACCCUUCAUGCAACCUACAGAAGAAGCAGAUACACUUUUGGAAUGAAGUCUGUUUUAAACAUAGGCAUCUGUUCCUUAUAAACAAAGCUGCUUCUAUGUUGUAUAUAUUUGGUUUUCUAAGUUUUCUUUGAAAUUCACAACCAAGGGGUGCAGAUGGCGAGUGCAGCUCAUUAACUGUAGUUGAAUUUCAACAGAUCUUGUAAUAGCCUUGUUUGUAGACACAACACUUGAAAUACUGUCCUUCUUUCCUGUUAUUUACAGACAUGCAUAUUAAACAUUUUAGCAUAUUAAACAUUAUUAAGAUGUCUUCCUUUCUCUUUAUGUAGCCCAACAGAUUGUAAGGUCAAUACCAGUACUAUGUACAAGUGAAUGGAUUGUUUAGUAUUGGAAAUUGCGGGUGUGGUUAAAUAAAAUGAGUAUUUAAAUACAUUACUCAUUUAUUCACAGUCACUGUGUAAGCUACGCUUUGUGGAUAUGAGGGCUAUAAAUAAAUAAUAAAGUAAAUGUCAAACAAGAGGAAAGUUGCAUGUUUGUAGUACAGACCUCCGUAAAGUGAAAUUAACCAGACAAACUUACAUUAGCCACAGGUAAUCUCCACUCUUAUUCAAAGAUAAACAGGUGGAGUAAAUUGGAUUUAUUGAGCGCUUUAAUAAAUAAGAAUCCAGGCCACGCAAAGUGCUUUGUUAUGCUAAUGUGCACAAGAAAGAUGUACGUCAAGUGAAAAUUUCUUUGUGCAGCACAUUUCAGUCACCGGGCAGUUCAAAGUGCUUUACAUUAUGAAAACAUAAUGCAAACAUAAUGCAAUGAUAAAUUAUGGAACAAGCAAAAAACAUUAUACUUUGGGAAAUGCCAUCAUCA